AUGUGCUCCGAAGCCAAUCAUCUCCACAUGCUUUUCUUCCCUUUAAUGGCGCAAGGCAACAUGCUCCAUAUGGUCGACAUGGCCAAGAUCUUGGCUGCCCGUCAUGCCUGCAUCACCAUUCUCACUACUCUCACUAAUGCCAUCAUUAUCCACCCCAAUAUCAAUGACUCUCUUCAUCUCCAUAUUAUCCCUUUACCCACUGUCAAAUUUGGCCUCCCCGAUGGGUGCGAGAACAACAUCUUCAUCCUUUAUGAUGACCAACACGUCAACCUCAUGAACGCUAACUAUUUGCUUCAUCUCCCUUUUGACUCCGUGCUUGCAAAUCUCAGCCCCGACUGUGUCGUAACUAAUUUAUUCUUUCCAUGGACAUAUGAUGUUGCUGUCACGAGAGGUAUUUUGCGGCUUGUCUUUCACGCCACUAGCAACUUCUUAGCCUGCAUCAUGAGUGCUUCACAGCAGUUCCGCCUACCAGCGGACAUGGUUGAGUCCUUUGUCUGGCCCGGCCUCCCACAUCGAAUUGAGAUGUUAAAAAUUCAAAUCAUAGACUUCAACAAAUUAGGAGGAAUGCCAAAGGAGUUUAUCAUGGAGACACUUAAGGAGGUGGCGGAGGUGGAUGUGAAGAACUAUGGGAUACCACCACCACGAGAUGGUGGGAAGGGUGUGGAAUUCGGCCCAUUUUCUCUAUGCAACAAGUACAUGAUAGACAAAUCAACAAGAGGAGGGGAGUAUGCAGCAUUUGUUAAUGAGUGCUGGAAAUGGUUUGACAAAAGACCUACAAGCUGGGUCAUGUACAUGUGCUUUGGAAGUAUGAGCCUUUUCUCGGUUGAGCAACUGAGUGAAAUGGCGCUUGGGCUCGAGGCAUCAAGACAUCCAUUUGUUUGGGUGAUCUGGAAUGAGGGCAAUGAUUGGAUUCCAAAGGGCUAUGAAGAGAGAAUUAAUGAUGUAGGGAUGUUGUAA